AGAAUAAAGGCUCCAAAAACCUUUUUUGGGGCACUUCCCCUCGUUGCCGCUUUAACCCCCCCCCUUCCCUCGACCUCGAGUCUGUGAGAGAGAAAGCCACAAAGAAAAAACAAAAAAGAAAGGAAAUAACAACGAAGAAGCGCUCUACUACUCUUCUUCUCUAUUUCCCUUCUCCUCUCCCUCCCUUCUUCUCUAUAUCCCCCUUUGGAUCUUCGGCAAUGAACCCUAGAUCCCAUCUCUUGUAGAUUAAAGAGUAGUAGUUCUUGUUUUGGUUGGUUUGUUUGUAGUUUUGUUACUCGAUUUGAUAAUGGAGCCGGGGCGGGGGAUUCUGCGGCGAUUGGUGGUGGUUCUAUUGGCGAUCUCGGCUGCAAUUGGUGGUUACGCGGCUGAGGAGGAUAGAGGGAAGAAGAGGCACGCUUAUGCUGCUAUGAUGUACAUGGGGACGCCGAGGGACUACGAGUUCUACGUUGCCACUCGUGUCAUGAUGCGGUCUCUCAGUAAGCUCGGUGUCGACGCCGAUCUCGUCGUCAUCGCCUCCGUUGACGUCCCUCUUCGCUGGGUCCGCACCAUGAAAGAGGAGGAUGGCAUCAAAGUGGUCACUGUUGAGAACUUAAAGAAUCCAUAUGAGAAGCAAGGCAACUUCAAUACCAGGUUUAAGCUAACGCUUAAUAAACUUUAUGCUUGGAGCUUGGUGGCAUAUGAUCGAGUUGUCAUGCUUGAUUCAGACAACCUUUUCCUCCAAAAGACUGAUGAACUCUUCCAGUGUGGGCAAUUCUGUGCUGUUUUCAUUAACCCUUGCAUCUUUCAUACUGGUCUGUUUGUUCUUCAGCCUUCACUUGAUGUUUUCAAAAACAUGCUCCAUGAAUUGGAAAUUGGACGAGAGAACCCCGAUGGUGCUGAUCAGGGCUUUCUUGCCAGCUAUUUUCCAGAUUUGCUUGACCGUCCCAUGUACCAUCCACCAGUCAAUGGUUCUAAACUCAAUGGACUCUACCGUUUACCCUUGGGGUACCAGAUGGAUGCUUCCUACUACUAUUUAAAACUUAGGUGGAGCAUACCAUGCGGACCUAACAGUGUGAUAACAUUUCCUAGUGCACCAUGGUUGAAGCCUUGGUACUGGUGGUCCUGGCCUGUCCUACCAUUAGGCCUUUCAUGGCAUGAGCAACGACGGAGCAAUCUCGGGUAUAGCUCUGAGCUUCCAGUGAUGCUGAUCCAGGCUGUGAUGUAUCUUGGUAUCAUUGCCAUAACACGUCUAGCGCGUCCUAGCCUGACAAAGCUAUGUUAUAACCGAAGAGCAGAGAAAAGCAUUUCGAUCUUACACUUGAUGCUCAAGGGCUUGGCCUUAUGGUCAAUAAUAGCAGCAUACACUGUCCCGUUCUUUCUCAUACCCCGGACAGUUCACCCUGUUCUUGGCUGGUCUCUCUAUCUGCUCGGCUCGGGGGCUCUUUCAUCAGUUGUGAUCAAUGCCUUUGUACUUCCACCACUUCCCGUCCUCACGCCAUGGCUGGGUAUUUUUGGAAGUCUGGCUGUGAUGGCAUGCCCUUGGUAUUCAGAUGGUGUGGUGAGAGCUCUGUCAGUGUUUGCUUAUGCCUUCUGUUGUGCGCCAUUUGUAUGGGUAGCAUUGAUGAAGGUAAUGUCUUCCCUUCAGAACUUGUUAGAGAGGGAAGCUUUUUUCCCGCGACUUGGGGAAACCACUGAGCUGCCCAGCAAGCUCUACUGAAAUGAUGCAAACAGGGGCGAUGAGGUGUUGUGAUGAAUACAAUAUUACUUGCUGCUACUCUGAUCUGAUUCGAGUAACCUCAAAUUCAUUUUGACCAUCUCAGCAAUCGUCUGGUUUCAUUUCAUCAGUAACAUUACUGUAAUUUAUUACUGUAAUAGCAUUGAAAAUUUGGAUGGAAGUGAUUCGGGGUUCUUUGGCCCGUCCUGACACA